AUGAUUCGGCAGAUUCGACCUCUGGAUAUCCAGAGCGCGCGUCUGACCAGCUCAGACACUAUAUCGGUUCCUCUGCCUGAAGGCUCGUCGCCAAUGGCAUCGCCUUCUAGCAACGCUUCAACACCUACCAGUCCGGUCAACGACUUGUCUAGUACUCUGAAUGCUAAUAGCAUCAAUAAUAAUAAUGGUGGCCAUUAUGCCACUUUGGUAAAUGCACCUGCUGGACUCAACCAUGGCGAACCCGGUCCAGUCGUCAGUCAUAGUAGUAAUAUCACCAACGGUAAUUCUGGUGAUGUUACUCUCAACCUAUUUGAAUCAUCCUCAGGCUCGACCCCCUCAUCGCCUCAUUUUAUAGCAUCCGACUCGACUACUCCAGUACCUGGUUCUACUGUAGUAGCUGGUCUUGGCGGUCUUGGCGGUCCCAGGGGUUCCAUUUCUAACAACUCCAACAAUGCCGGAAUUGGAACUACCAGAGCUGAUGGGUCAAGGGACGUUAUCGUCACACCAACUACCUAUAAUGCUAGUGACGCAAGCCAAACUCAACAUCAACAUCAUCAGCACACCCACUCGCGACCACAUUCUCAUUCGCAUUCACGUUCACACUCUCGUUCGCUCUCAUACACACAUCAGACCCAGCUUGAACAACAAGAACAACAACAAAAUGGAUCACAAGAAAUAGAAGACGGGUUUCCCAAUCAAAUUGAAAUCCCCAGUCCUGAACAGAUGCAAGUACUGAGUCAAGUGCACGCAUCCGAUUCAUCGACUCCAUCUCCUGAUCCUGCAAAGUACCCGUAUUCCAUUCGAUUGAGUCCAUUUGUGGACCACUCAAGUUCCAUGCCAGCAUUCUAUACCGGUGCCGUUGAACGCGAAGGUCGAGACGGCACUGUCAUCAAAAUCGGUCGAUUUGACAAUAAACGGGACCAGCGCACCCAGGGCGACGAGAAUCCACAUGUGUCUCCUAUUGUGUUUAAAUCCAAGGUGGUAUCACGAUCACACGCUGAGUUCCUGGUUAAAGACGGAGGCCAGUGGUUUGUCAGAGACGUGCGGUCGUCCUCGGGAACAUUUCUUAAUCAUAUCAGACUUUCUUUGGCGAGUGAGGAAUCACGGCCGUUUGCUUUAAAGGACGGUGACGUGCUCCAAUUGGGAGUUGAUUUUAGAGGCGGGUUAGAAGAAGCAUUCAAAUGUAUUAAAGUUCGAGUCGAGCUCAACCGAAGCUGGCAGAAGAAGCCCAAUAAUUUCAAUAUUAGCCAGCUCACCAACUUGCGAAACCUGUUCACCAACCCUCCAGGACGGUCUGAUGACACUGCCGAUGCCUCGGGAUCCAAGACUAGACACGAAAACACCCAGGAAUGCGCCAUCUGCCUGCUACCUGUGUCGGCCUGUCAGUCACUCUUCAUAGCACCCUGUUCGCACAGCUGGCAUUAUAAAUGUAUCCGACCGGUGAUUGUCAAGGCAUACCCGCACUUUUUAUGUCCCAACUGUCGAGCCAUCUGCGACCUCGAGGCGGAAAUCGAGGUCCCCGACCUGUCGCACCUCGAAAUCUCGCAACCCUCGUCCACCAACGGCACAAAUAGCGGUGCCGCUAACGGCAGCACCGCCAACGGCAUCAACACCACGCUAACGAGCUAG